AUGAUGAUGUCUGUCAAAGUUGAGGUUCCAAAUAAAUCGCUUAAAUUUGGAGCUUCUAUAACUCAAUCUCAAAAGUACCUAACAAGAGGUAAAAGUUUAUAAAACUUGAUUAAUCAGGGUGAGAUCCAAAAGUAGAUACAUAAUCUCCAGUAUUAAUAGAUGCAAACUAAAGUUAUUCCUCAAUAGGAAAUGCAUAUUGUCACAAAGCUCAAAUAACUUCAGCAGCACCCUGGAAUUUAGCUUUAGCCAAUUUAUCAACCAUAAUUUUAGACAAAGCUCUUAGGGAGCAGUAGUAUAUCUAUUAGAGAAUAUCAAGAGCUUCCUAGAGAUGCUAUGUCAACAAUCAAGAUAAAUUAACUUAAAGGUAAAAUCUACAAGAGAGAUAUGUCAAAUAAACCUUCAUCAAUGAGAGUAGGGAGUUCUCCAGACUUCGUACAAUUAGGAUCAGCAAAUAAGGACAUUACAAUUUAGAAUCAAAAGACGCUCAAAAAGUAUUAAGAUAUUACAGUUAAGCUAUUAUCUGAUAAGCAAUAUAUAAUGUCUGAGGAAUACUUGAACGAUGACUCGUAUUUGGAUUUUAAGUACACUAAUCAGAUUAAUGGGCUAAGUUUAUAGUCACCAAGAAAGUUGAAUAUAGCGAAUAAAGGGAAAUAAUCUUAGAGUAAAGACUUGCAAAAAUUGGUCCCUCUGAACCAAAAGGGUUCUCAGAUAUUUAAACUCGAAGAAUAGGACGAUAAUCAAAUCAACUAUAAUAAUAGCUCUGUGUAUCUAAAACAUGGAUUGAAUACCCAUUAUAAUCUAAAAGGUAGAAAAGCCUUAAAUUUAAAUGUUGUUGAUCUUUAAAACGGGGAGUCAAAUGUAGAGAUCGAAAGUAUAACUGAGGAUUAAAAUCAAGAAAUGAGGCCAACUUAUGAUCUUCCUUAAGAAUAUCUACAGGCUAAGAGUAUUAUAAAUUCAAAAUCCUCCUCAAGAUUGCCAGUAAUAAAAAUUAAAGGAGAAAAUAAGACUUAAAGUAAAUUUUUGGAAAAGAGUGAAUUCUUAGGAGUAGAGAGCUAGCAAAAAAAGCUAUUUCCACAUGAUUAUCAUAAAUAAUCUCCAAAAUAUUAAAAGGUAUCAAGCUAGCCAAUGUUUUAAGCAGCAAAAACUGUCGAAGGCAAUAAUAACUUUAACAAUUUAAAUUAUGAUUUAAACUUGGAGGGAACUUUAUAAAAUUAACCUAUUAUACCUACAGUCAAAUUUAAGAGAGAUUCGUUCAUUGAGGAGUCAUAAUAAAAAUAGAAUGAUCAAGAUAUGAACUUACUAUAGUAGUAACUGCAACAUUAGAGUGUUUUAUUAGGUCUAUAGGAACUUUCUUAGAAGAAAGAAAAAAGAAGAUAAAUAAUGAAUAUAAAGAAUUACAACAAAUUUAGAUAAAAAAUAGCGAAUGAAGAUCGUAAGUUUCAUCUUCUUGCUCAUAAUUUAUGUGACAAUCUAAAAAGAACGCAUAUAAGAUUAGAUGUGGAUGAUUAUAAGAAUCUCAAGACAAAAAUAAAAGAGGCUAUAGCUAUCAAAUAUGAUAAAAAAUCUUCAACCUAGCUAAUGCACCACUGA